AGCCGCAGCGCGCAUGCGCGGGGCAGUGACGUGUCGAGAAAGUGUCAAACAGAGGAUGUAAAGAUGAUCGAAAACUCUCCGGAUCGACCUAUUAGGAUAUCUGACGCUCACUCGUCUGGAUAAGUUAACCCGCUGGCGUCUCCUGUAGGUUUAGAUUUUAAUCACUCGCCGCUUCUCUUCUGCUGCGUUGAGGAAAGUCGGUUUAAUUCACUUUUUUGAAGCCGCGACAUUGACCGUUGGGCUAACUUUGUUAGCGGCGGUUGAGCUAGCCGGAGUCCGUGCGGAGCGUUAGCAUGGGCAGCCGGCGGAGCUAACACCUAACAUGUAACUGUAGUGCAGCCGCUGCUGUUAACGUUAGCUAGACUCGUAGCGUUAGUGUGGUCGUCCGUCUCUCGGUUCGUCAGCGUUCAGCGCGGUCGGUGAUCCAGCUGGCAGCGGGACUGGAAGCCUGAAGGAGAAGGAGGACCAUGUCUCGGAGACGGCUGGACAGUCGCAGCGGUCUGUCCGCGGGGCUGCUCAGCGAAAUCCAGACCCCGAUCAGCACGGAGCCCGUGGAGAGUGUGUACGAAAUCACCGGGGAGCUCGGCAGGGGGAAGUUUGCUGUGGUCAAGCGCUGCGUGGAGAAGGCCACGGGGAAAGUGUUUGCAGCCAAGUUCCUGCGGAAGAGGAGGCGAGGUCGUGACUGCCGGGCCGAUGUCACUCACGAGAUGGCCGUCCUGGAGAUGGCCCGCAACAACGCCCGAGUGGUCAACCUGCACGCCGCGUACGAGACCGAUCACGACAUCGUCUUAGUGCUGGAAUACGCGGCAGGUGGAGAGAUAUUCGACCACUGUGUGUCUGACGAGCUGCUGCCAGAGGCCCAGAUCACUCGUCUGAUCAGGCAAACGCUGGAGGGAGUCCACUACCUCCAUCAGAGCAACCUGGUGCACUUAGACCUGAAGCCGCAGAAUAUCCUCCUGACCAGCCUGUCUCCUCCAGGAGACAUUAAGAUCGUAGACUUUGGUCUGGCACGCAGGCUGGGCGCGGUCGGAGAGCUCAGAGAGAUUCUUGGCACACCUGAAUACGUUGCUCCAGAGAUCUUAAAUUAUGAGCCAAUCACAACAGCGACUGACUUAUGGAGUGUGGGUGUGAUCGCCUACAUGCUGGUGACGGGCGAGUCUCCAUUCGCCGGAGACGACAAGCAGGAGACGUUUCUGAACGUGUCCCAGGUCAACGUGGACUACAGCAGGGAGGCCUUCUCCAGAGUGUCAGAGCUGGCUGUGGACUUCAUCCGCAAGCUGCUGGUCAAAGCUCCAGAGGACCGGCCCAGCGCUGCAGAGUGUAUGAGCCACCCCUGGCUGUGGCAGCAGUUCUGUCUGAGCCCCGACCCCGCCGCCGCCACCCGCACCGCCCGCGAGAGGAGCUGCGGCACCAAGUGGGCCGCCCCGCCCGAAGACCCCGAAGACAAGGAGAACUUCCUGGAGUCGCCUCACUCUCACGCAAAAAGGUUUCGCUUCGACGAGGAAACGCCGGCUGCUGUAGAUGGUGACUUUUGAGAAAGUCAAAUCUAAAAGGGGAGAGGGGAGCUUUUAAAGUCUUUUAAGCCUCCAGAGUACCAGCUGUCUGCUGCCCGCCACUCAGAGUACUUACCAUGUUUAUAUUCCACUAAUCUGCAGAAGAUCGACCACUCAGACCAAAGAUAACCAGCUAAAUAUCCUGAGAUCUGUCUCUGAUCAUCGCUGUUUAAAAGUGUGAAAAUUGUACAGUAUGAUGCGAUUAAUGCGCCGUGUUUAACCUGAAGUAUUUAAUACGAUUUGAUUGUUUAAAAUCUCUAAAAAAAAACAAUUUCCUGUGAUGAUGAAGGCUAGAGGAGUAUUUGUAGGGAAAUCUAUGCAACACGUCUCUUAAUUUUCUCACAACGCGUUCAAGUUAACGACGCUCUGCCUUAAAAUCAGAAGUGUUCUUAGUGUUGAGUUGCACUUGUGCUUCAGCAGAAAUGAGUUUCUCUGCAAUGAGGAAGUGUGAUAACAUCCUUAUUUGCAUUUUUUUGCCGUCUGUGUUGCAGCUCCGUCUCGUUCUACCCGCGCUGUCGCUGUAAUUCACGUUGGAGCUGAACGGAAGCGAGACGGGAGGCUUCGUUACAUUCCUCGUAUGUUUCCCUGCAGUAGCACAAGUGUUUAAAUCUAGCUCAGGGUUUUAGAUUACAUUCAUUCCCCUUCCAAAGAACCGAGAGGCUGUUGGUGUAACAAAUCUUCGUAUUCGUGACAUUUUGAGAUAGAAACUUAAAACUGUAACGGCUCAGAGUCUCGGUGAGUCAUACCACCGUUCAGCAGCCACACCCGCUCUUACUCAAAUGAUGUCCUCACUCCAGCGAGCUGUUCGUUCCUCUUUGUUAGCUGGCAGAGGAGAACACCACUUUAGCACUUCUUACUUCAGAAGCACACAUACAGAAGUAUUUAUAAAAGUCUGAGAGGUUCACCAAAGCCAUUCAGAGUGCCGUCUCUAUAAAGCUACUCUCGUUCUGUCGGGUCUGAAGUGAUUUAUUCCUGUUGUUUUCAUCUCAGGGCAUGCUGCUCACUCUCCGCUCACUGUGUUGUGUAUUCUUAAUGUUAGAGGCCUACUAUUAUUAUUAUUAUUAUUAUUUAUGUGCUGGACUCAUACUUUAUAUUUUUAUGUAAAUAAUGUGCUCACGUGUCUUAUAAGGAAGUGUUGUGAUUAUGUCGGGAGACUUCAGAUGAUUUAAGGUGUUUAUUUAAAACAAGACGAUGCUGUUAAUGAGAAAUAAAUGGAGAUGUUUGACUGUAGAGGAUCGGGUGGAUGAAAGGAAAGAGGAUUUAAGGUGGCGCUGGGAAGUAAAGCGAACGUGGAAGUGAGUCAGAUGGUUUAGUCGGGAGGAGGAAGAUGAUUCAGGUCUUUGAUGGAGUAAGGGAAGUGUCGGGCGUGAGAAGAAGGGUUUAAAGGGACAGUUUGACAUUUUGGAAAUGCUGUAAAAACUGUUAACCUCAAAAAAAUAAAGAUUUAGUCAUUAUUGACUCGGCACAAUGCGGCUGGGUGACGCUUCAGAGUCCACAAAACAUUUCUGGAGCUUCACAGCAAAACAGUGUUGCAGCAUUCUCAGAAACAACUGAAGCAGCUGGGGACCAACAUGGCUCCUUACAAGUUGUCUGAUGUCAAGUCACCUGAAGCCCCCGAGGUCUCAGACUGAUUUGAAAUGAUGGUUUGUUUUUUUUAAGACUCUUUUAUGAGCUGAAAUAAAUAAUGUACUUUCAAAUCAAUUUGGGAUCUCAGAGCUUCUGGAAACUUGGAUUACAUCCUACAAGCUGCAUGGAGCCAUUUUGUUUCUCCAGCUGCUUCAGUUGUUUAGGAGAACGAUGCAACGAUGUUUUGCUGUGAAGCUCCAGAAACGUUUUGUGGACUACGAAACUUCACUUGUCUUUUCUUCAGCAUGAGUGAAUAACGACAGAAUUUUCAUUUUUUGUGCAAACUGCUCCUUUUAAAUACGUGGACGGAUUUAGGAAUGUGUCGGUAUUGUAGGAAAGGCAGAGGAAAAGUUCAAUAUUUGGUAAAAAUUUCCCAAAAUGUUGAACGGUUAUUCCUUUAAGUUGUGACGUUGGGAGUUGAGAUACGUAGAUGUGAGAGGAUUUUAGGUGAUGAGAAAGUGUAAGUGAUGAUUUUCAGUGUAGAAAGAGCAGAAGCUUAGAGAAGCGCUGUGUGACGAGGUGCUAUUGAUUCACAGGAUUUGCCUUCAUUGAAAACGACCUCUGAUCGAUUCCGAUCGCUCUCAAACCUCCAGAGAAACAUUCCUCUUCUUGUUCCGAGGGGCCAAACAGAAUCGGACCACACUGUGUGUUUGUUUGUUGUCGUCAGCAGCUGGUACACAACAAUGGCCUUUGUGUCGGAGCUGGGCGUCUCCAGCCACGGCCGUGCUCUCAUCUGUAUGCUGUCAUCCUUCAAGACUGGAAGAUUUUCAUCUCGGCCAAUCGGCAGAUUCUACUCGCGCUUGUUGUAGAAGCAGCUGGGAGGCGUAUCUGUAAUGAAAUAAGCUUGAAUCUCGCCUCAUCUCAGUUUCUUUCAGGUGUCGGCGUCUUGAAAUAAUCUCGAUCCAGGCUGAAAUGAUGUCACUUGAAACGCAACAUUUCUCAGAUACAAGUUAAGCUUCUUUUUCCUGUUCCUGUUGUAAAAAAACAAGAUUUUAAGACUUGACUCGUAGCUGAACCUCGAGAGCAGACGGACUCGUUCUGCAGUGACGUCAGUCAUUGUCAGUCUGUCACUUGAACAUGACUGAUGCUGCGCCGCUGAUCGUGUUAUUUUGUACAUCUGUUGUACUGUUAUCCUCAGCAGCUACCAGUCUGAGACGCGGAGCAGCAGCAGUGACAUCAGGCGACUGGUAUCAACAACAUUCCUGUUUGUCGUGUGCGACUGAAGGAAACUGUAGGUUGGAGUCAAACCAGCAGCCACAAGCACAACGAAAUGUUCAUGAGAUGUUUGUUUAUUUUGCAUUUUAUAUUUUUUUAAUGUAUGAGCAUUCUGAUUGCAUCUGAAAUGACUAAAAGAAAAAAAAAAGAAAGAAACAUAAUCUGUAUUGUAUUCUGAUCAACUGCAGGCUAAUAUGUAAGCAUCACAAAGCAAACUGAAAAAGCUCAUUAAAGGUUGUAGAAAAUA